AUGAUAAAAGUAACUCUCGCGUGCUUUGCGAUAUGUGUGGUGUUUGCCGAAGCCAACACUCUGUCAACUCAAGAUUUUCUAAGAGCCGCUUCGGUUGGAGAUUUUAAAACAUUACGGAAAUUCAUCAAUCCUAGCUUCACAUUCGAUGAUCUCACGCCGAUAAAUUUGGGAAAAGACGUUUCUGAGUUGCAACCAAUUCCCGGAGCACACGUUUUCGGUCAAGCUGAGUCGAGUUUCUCGUCAUAUUCCAACAACAACGGUCAAAUUUCAACUGAAAGCGGUGGAUAUGGUGUUAUAAACAAGGAUGGACAAGUCUCGACCUAUAGCUUCACUCCCAAAAACAUCUUGGCGCCUAUCGGAAACAAUGAGCCAAAUCAAUGA